GCAGCGAACGCGGCGAUCACAGUGGCAACCAGGUCGGUGGUGCACCGCCAGUUCCCGGAGGAGGAGGAGGAGGAGCAGUUGGAGGAGGAGGUGGAGGAGGAGGUGGUGCAUCGCGUACCGUUAGUGAGCUUGGAGGCGGUGGAAGUGGCACUGGAGCAGCUCCUGGGGGAGAAGUUGGAACUGGAAGUGGAGUUGGAAGCGUUAGCGGCAACGGAGCGGACUGUAGCAGCGACGGCGAUCCCAAAAAGUCCUUCUCGCUGCACUGCUGUUGCGUGAUCGUCGACAUCACACCCGUGGCGCAUCCAGGAGGACGCCUGACAUCGGCAACAACGGCCUCGGGAAGGGAUGCGGGCGGAGCCGCCGCUUCGGGUGGCAGUGGCGGGGGUGGUGGCGGCCUGGGACUCGGCCUCGGUGAGAAUGUCUCCCAGCUGGCCAGCCAACUGUUUCGCUUCGGCAGCAAGAAGCGGACGGGCGUCUGCAUCUGCAAUGCCCAGUGCCGGCUGCAAACGCUGGGCGAAACGGGCGGCAGCCUGGAAUCGGCCGCCAUCAAGACCCAUCACGGCUCCCUGGAUCGACUGCUCCAGAAGGGACAAGCCACCGCCGGCGGCAAGGAUGGAGGAACCGGCGGCGAACGUUCGAUAAGCUGGGUGGUGGAUGGCGGGGCGGCAGGAUCCGGUGCUCUGCUGAAUGCCUCCUCCGACGAAAGCGACGACAAGAAGAAGAAAAUGGAGGAUCAGCCACUGCCCCCGCCACGGCCCCCAUCCAGAUCCCAUAGCAAGCCCACUGCCAAGGAAGAGUUCGAUCGCGGAGUGGAGGUGGAGAAGUUCUAUCAUCAGAUCAAUGGCGACAUCUUCGAGAUUACGCGCCGGGUUCGGGCGCGGGACGAGGAGACGAUGGAACAGAAGUGCAUCCGGCGAAAGGGCUCAGUGCGGCUGACAGAACCCACUGCCAGUGGGGGCCACGCCCACGUCCGGAUCGAGCAGCGCCCCCAACUGCCGCCCAGACGCCAGAAGAGCGCCGAGGAAGUGGCCACCAUGCCCAAGAGCGCCCUCCGUCAGGCGCCCGAGCAGCUGGAGUGGUUCGAUCGCCGGGCCCAGCAGCGUCACUCUGCCCGGUCCGCCGAAGGCGGCCAGGUCCGCGAGGAGACCAUGGAGUGGCUGAAGCUCCAGAAGACUGCCAGUCCCUCGCAGCCGGUGCGGACUUCCUCGGGUCCCAGCGAGAUCACCGUGCUGAAGGACGAGCUCCCCGACUGGCUGCUGGAGCACUUACCCCGGAAGAAGGAACGGGACAGAGAUCACCUGCCCUCGGACUCGGGCAAGGGAGUGGGCUCGGCCUACGCCAAGGCUCUGUCGGAGCUGCUGAAGAAGCCACUGUCCCGGCAAAGCUCCGGGCCGUGUGAGUUUUCGCUCCUGAAGACCGACAUCGUGGAGUGGCUGACCAAGAUGCAGGCCAGCUCUGGGCCGGAACGGGGGAAGUCCCGUCGCUCGCACCACCGUCGGAACGGUAGUGGCGGAGAUGCCCAGCCGCGGUCCAACUCCCAGGAGGAUGCCCAGGACCUGGCCAAGGCCAGGCACCGGAAAAGGCACUCCCUGGGCCACAGCGGCGCCACCAGCGAGGAGGAGCAGCAGCAGUUAACAGCCGACUGGAUAGCCUACCCGCUGCACAAGUUCCAGUCCCUGGGCAAGCAGCCGCCGCUUCCCAGCCAGGUCACGCCUGGCGGCGUCACCAUUCCCAGUGGCUAUGCGGUGCCCAGUGCUCUGUCCCACACGCCGCUGUGUCAGCGGCGGGAAGAGCGUUCCCGGGAGCGAAGGCUCCGCCACUCGGCCAGCGAGGUGGUGGGCAGCGGGGGCGGAACGUCCAGCACCGCCCACCUGGAACGGCUCUACGCCAAGCCGCACAAGGAGCGGUACCAGUACGUGCCAAAGACCAGCAAGGAAUCCAGCAGCGGUGGCGGGAAGAGGGAGCGGUCGCGACGCCACCAGACCCAGAGAUCGGCCACAGUGUCCGACAUGUCCGCCCAGCGUUCCGGCGGCCACAAACGCAAGUCCUCGAGUGCGGAGCGGGCGCCCAGAUCGCCAUCGCCGGGACCCUGCACCGAUCCCGACUGUCCACUGCUGCCCAUCUGCACGGAUCCGCACUGCCGCUACCAGGAGUGUCAGGCGCGGCAGUGCCUCACAUCGUCGGUCAGCUCCGUGAACCUGGCCCGGCACCAGCAACUGGCCCAGGUCCAGCUCCACACUGUGCCGGCCCAUUUGAUGGGCCCGGCCGGCGGCGGAGUCGGUGGCUUGGGCUCCGAUGUGCCCACGACGCCUUCCACCACGGCCACGCCUCCGCCGCCACCACCGCCCGCUGGAGCGGGCUUGGGGGGGACGGGAACGAGACCGAGACCGAGUGAACGCCGGCUGGUCAUCUGCCACGACUGCCGGUCGUGCGCCCCGCUCCACAGCUGCCAGAAUCGCAAAUGCCUCAACGCCGCCAAAUGCAACUCACUGCCUCGCUGCGCCGCCGACUUCAACCGCCUGCGCACCCAGCUGGCCCAGCCCCCCACCACGCUGGACGACAUCGAGCCGGCGCCCUUGGAGCUCGAUCUGGAGAUGCAGCCACUGCCCUCGCCGCCGCACCCCCAUCCGCAUCAUCACUAUCGCAGCAACUCCCAGCCAAAUACUUUGCAACGCGGCGACUCGGCCAGCUCCGCCAGUAUGGUGGGCAUUGGGCCAGUAGUCCGAGGAGACGGAGGAGUAGGAAGAGGAGGAGGAGGAAGAGGCGCUGGCCUGUCAUGGCUGGAGCCCACAACCACACUAGUGCAACCACUGCCCGCCUACGUGCACCACCAUUCCAAUGGCAAGCUCAUGAAAUCCGCCUCGGCUGCUUCGCUCAACUCCCGUCGUCGGCGCCACAAAACCGUACACUUCGGCGAGAAUCUGCUCCGGGAGGUGUGCCAGAACCGGAAGCUCAUCAAAACGGAGACACAAGUCCCCUCUGGCUCGGCGCCCAUGAAGGCCAACAUCCAGAUGCUGUACAACUUCGUGGAGGGGGUACUCAGUGCCUGGGUGGACGAUGACGAGGAUCAGGUGCGUUCCGGUGCGGAAUCGGAGCCGGAGCACGGCAUGGUGCCUAUGCAGCCGAUCCACAGAUGCAACCGGUUGCGGUAUCAGUGCAUCCGACGGGUCGUCGAGGAGGCGGCCGAACUGCAGGGCACCCUGAAGCUGGGCAACUCCCGGUACCGGCAUCGCCAUUGGCGGAGCACCGCCAAGCAGUGCAACGAAAUGUUCCUUCGCAAGAUUUCGGACGAUGAUCGAAUGAGCCUAACUACCGCCGUUUCGGAUGAAGAUGAUGGCGAAAGUGUCAUGGCGUCACCAUACAAAGCAAAGGCCACUGGCACCGCUGCAUCCUCCUUCAAUUGCACGGGAGCUGUUCGCAAGGCAGGCUUCCUAUCGGUAAAGAAAUGGUUACUACGCAAAAAGCACCAGAUCGAGCUGGCUCGGAAGCGCGGCUGGAAGGGCUACUGGGUGUGCCUCAAGGGCACCACCCUACUCUUCUAUCCGUGCGACUCCCGGGAGGGCCGGAGCGUGGAGGCGGCGCCCAAGCACUUGAUUAUCGUGGACGGUGCAAUUAUGCAACCGAUUCCGGAGCAUCCCAAGCGCGACUACAUCUUCUGUCUGAGCACGGCGUUCGGCGAUGCCUAUCUUUUCCAGGCACCUUGUCAGGUGGAGCUGGAGAACUGGGUGAAUAGCAUCCAUAGCGCCUGUGCUGCCGCCUUUGCCCGCCACCGCGGCAAGACCGGCACCCUACACCUGCUCCAGGAGGAGAUCUUCCGGCUGGAGAAGGCCAUUGAGUCGGAUCACAAGCUGAAGCACAUGGCCGAGCUGCAGCAAUCAGUUGUCACCGAUCAGGAGACGCGUCAUCAGAUUCAGACGCAGAUACUCCAGUGGGAGGAGAACCUGGAGAGGCUGCACUGCGAACAAUUCCGACUGCGCUGCUACAUGGCCUCGCUGCAGAGCGGCGAGCUGCCCAAUCCGAAGUCGCUGCUUACACACGUGUCGCGGCCCACCAAGAACACGCUGAACAAGCUGGGCGUGUUCACGGUCUCCUCGUUCCACGCCUUCAUCUGCGCCCGGUCGCCGUCGCUGCUCAACAACCUGCUGGCCGGACGCGGCGCCACAAAGCGUCGUCCGCCGAUGCUGUCCCGGUCGAACAGCGGUUCCAGUCGUCGUUCCAUGCAGAUGAAUUCACGUGACGAACCGGAAAAAACUUUCAAAGUUGCAAUGCCCGACAAUGCUUACUCGACAGUUUAUCUACGUGAUGCCAUGUCUGUGGAGGAAUUCCUCGCCAGCGCCUGCGCCCGUCGCAACCUCAAUCCCAUGGAGCACUUUGUGCGCGUCAAGAAGCGACGUGACAUGGAGGAUCACAAUUACUUUGUGCCGCAUCGCAACGAUCUGAUUGAAAAUUAUCUACAUAAUCACGAGUUUGUGGAGGUCUGCAUGAAGAUCCUGUACCAGGUGGAGCUGCAGCGCACCACCCUCGAACAGAUGUGGGGCUUCUCCGUGGAGGCGGAACUGAUCGAGAACGCCGAGCGGCAGGACGAGCUCUGCUGCUACGUCAGCCGGGUGGAGGACAAGAGCGUGGCCAUGCACAAUGGCAUUAUCAAAGGAGACGAAAUAAUGGUCAUCAAUGGGGCAAUUGUGUCCGAUCUAGAUAUGAUGUACUUGGAGAGUGUCCUGCAGGAGGAACAAUCGCUCAGCAUGAUGAUGCGGUCUUCCCGCACUGAGCCACCAGAUCUAGUGGGGAUCAUGCGGGUUACUGACGAUAUGAUUGAUUCUCUGGUGUGCCCGCCCCCGCCCACGGAUCCGCCGGUGAUGAGCGAGGAGAUGAUAACUGGACUGAUUGUUCCGGCCCCCGGUUGGAAUGGCACUAGCAAGGAUUUGUACUCGCCGGAGGCGGAAAGCUCACCGGCCCCCUCGUUCAUGGAUCCCGCCGCCAUGGCCGCCCAGUUGGCUGUGGGCGGUGUCGGUGUCGGUGGCGGCGGUCCAGGCGGCAUGAUGGUGGGCGGCCUGGGCGUGGCCAAGCCCACGUCCCGGACGAGCAGCUUUGAGAUUGAGAAUCUACUGAAGACCGCGGAGCAAGUUACCGGAUUUUGUCGUUCACCCCAGGAAACACGCAAAUCGAGCCCCACCGGCUCGGUCACAUCAUCGGUCUCGACCACGGCAUUAACCCCAUCACGCCAGCUGACCGAUGCGGAGAAGCUGCGCAAAGUCGUCAUGGAAUUGGUGGACACGGAAAGGACCUACGUCAAGCACCUGAACAACUUGCUGGAACACUAUCUGGAGCCAAUGAAACGCGAGACAUUCCUCUCGAAUGCCGAGAUAAACGCUCUUUUCGGAAAUAUCCACGAGAUUGUAACAUUCCAGCGGCAGUUUCUGCAGAAUCUGGAGGAGGCCCUCGAUCUGGAGCCGGAAUUCAACAAGUUCGAGCAUUGUGGACAGUUCAGGAAUGUACUGUUCGCGAUUGGAUCGGCCUUCCUGUACUAUGUCAACCACUUUAAGCUAUAUUCCUCGUUCUGUGCCAGCCACAGCAAGGCGCAGAAGGUCCUGCAUCCGAAUGAAGGCAAUCACGCCCUGCAGGAGUUCCUGGCCGCCCGCAAUCCCAAGCAGCAGCACAGCAGCACCCUGGAAUCGUAUCUGAUCAAGCCCAUUCAGCGCAUCCUCAAGUAUCCAUUGCUACUCCAGCAGAUGCGCAAUCUCACCGAUUCCCGGGCCGACGAACACGUUCAUCUAUGUGAGGCACUCAAGGGCAUGGAGAAGGUGGCCGAGCACAUCAACGAGAUGCAGCGCAUCCACGAGGAGUACGGCGCCAUCUUCGAUCACCUGUUCCGGCAGCACCAGAAGUCCUGCAAGCAGCCCAUCGACCUGAGUCCAGGCGAUCUCCUGUACUAUGGCGGCGUGGAAUGGCUUAAUAUUUCUGAUUUUCUGGGCAAGAUCAAGAAGGGUCUGGAACUGCAUGCCAUGUGCUUUGUAUUCAAGUCGGCGGUGGUGUUCCUCUGCAAAGAGCGACUGCGUCAAAAGAAGAAGCUAAUGGGAGUUUCCAGCAAGAAUGCCACUAAUGAGGUGGAGAUCAUACGCUAUCAAGUGCUCAUACCGGUUACCGAAGUCCAGGUCCGCGCCAGCUCCGCCAAGGACAUGGACUCGCACUUCCUGUGGGAGCUCAUCCAUCUGCGCUCCCAGCUGCAGCGCCGUUCCGAGAAGGUCUACGUGCUGUCGAACAGCACCGCUGACUUUAGGAACGCCUUCCUGAAGACCAUACGCCAGAUAAUACGGGAGAGCGUCCGGAAUAUGUCAAUUCCGAUGAAGAACUUUGGCGGCAGCUCUGGCUCCGUCUCCGGCCACUCUUCCCAAGGCGGCAUGGGUGGCUUGGGCGGCUAUGCCGGCAACUCACAGACCCUCGAGCGACCCAAGCAGCAGAUCACCAUUGUGCAUGGAUCGCACACUCUGGGCAAGCCGAAAAAGAAGUCCGGAUCGCAACGCCACUCGGCUGGGAACAUUGACUACGACAACUUGUCGGGCAGCCAGGAGGCGGACGACUUGCCGCCCAGCGUGGGCGUUGUCCACUACGGCGCCGCCCACGUCCAGCAGAUGCCGCCCACGGGCUUCCGAGGUCGCAGCAAGACGGUGGGCGAUGUGACAGAAAUCACUUGCUCCUCCUUAGAUCCCCAUCAGCAGCAGCAGCAGCAGCAACAUCAGUUACAGGCUCAGCCAGAUCACGCCCACCCCCGCCCCCAUCCACAUCCAAGGGAGCCACCGCCGCCACCCAUCCGGCAGCCGCAUCUGCACCACCACAGCACGGAUAUCGAACGGAUUGAUCCGGGCACGAAGUCGGAGGGCGAGGAGGACUCGCAGCAGGGCACAAUCAGGCCCAAGGCCACCCUGGGGCGCACGCCCAAUCACCUGACACUGAGCACCACAUCCACGCUCUCGGUGGGCAGCACCGGCAGCCAGGCGCGCCUGAUACAAUCGUCGCACCCGCCGGCCAGCUACCAGCCGGUGCUGAUGAAGGACCUAGGUAAGCCCAGCCCGGAUGAGUCGGAGCUCGAGAACGAGAAUCAAGUGCAUGCCGCCCAAAUGGCGGCCUCCUUUAAUUUAAGUCUAGGCAGUAGUGGUAGCUUGUUCGCCUCCGAUCAUAGAGAUAGCCAGAACCAGAACCAGAAUCAGACUCAAUCCUAUAGUCGUAUCCUAACCCAUACCCUACAUCCCUCCCCGCGCCAGUCGCCGCGACAAUCGCCGCGGCAGUCGCCCAAACAGGAGAUCGAGGUAAUCGAGAUUUUCGAGAGCGAGGCGGAACGAAUGGCCGCCUCCCAGCAGGUGGCCGUUGUCCACCAGCAUCCGUCAGGGAUCCAGGCCAGGGAAUCGUCUCAUAAGUCCCGACGUGACCGAAGCACUGACCCGACCGAAACGGACGCCACUUCACGGUACAUGGACAAGCACCUCAGCGACUUGGAGCAGGAGAAUCUGGUGGAUUCGGGAACCUGCGACAUAGUUGCCUACAUGGCGAGUCUGCGGGAGAAGACCUUUGACCCGCAGGACUUGGCCGAGGAAGCUGCCGAUCAGCAGCAGAACGACUCAAGUCUCUCCCCGGAACCGCAGACGGUGGUGGAGAACACCCAACAGACUGUGGUGGUGGACAUCGAGUCGCCUUCUCGGCCUGCCACGGAAUCGGACAGUACGGGCACUACGACUGGACCCUCUGAGAGGUCAGGAGACGAUACGGAGGAGGAGGCCACCAGCUCCUUGGCGUCGCACAUUGUCGUAAUCGACAAGAAGGUGGACAAGAUCUUCAAGGCAAAGUCGCCAGAGCGACCAGCCUCCACCAAGGUCAAAGGGGGAAGGCGGCAAAUAUACAUCUCUCCAGACCGCUGCAAGUCCCAGGGCAGUUCCCCAGUACGGAUCAUCAAGAUAAAGUCGCCCAGGACGAGCGUCAGUGAGCAGGGUAAGAGACUGAGUGUUUCCUCCUCUUCGAGGGACAACUCGCAAGAUCGCCUGUCGGCCGGGAGGAGGACGCCCAGUCCGCGACGCUCCUCGGAGGGUGGGGGCAUCUUGAAGCACACAACUGCCCCGACUUCGGGCAUCCUGAAGCCUCCAUCCAGCCCGGCCAAGUCCAAGAGUCCGGACAGGAGUUGCCUAAAGAAGGGCGGACCCUCGCACGUGUGCAGUGUGGAGACGCUGUCGCCGCACAUUUCUCCCAGGAGCAGUGUGGAUCACCUAUCGCCGGACAGGGCCUCUUGUUUGCGCCACUCGCCCCGCAGCAGCUUCGACAGUCACGGUGGUUCGGAUCACAACCUGGAUGUGCCGCAUGGCAGUCGCAAGAGGAGCAUGUCUGCUCACGGAAGCUUCGAGACGGGAACCGUCAGGUCAAGGAACCAGGAAACCUACCAGUAUUAUCCGGUUUACGACAACCAGACCUGCAGUGAUCACUAUGUGGCUGCAGCGCCUAGUGGCCGGUACGGAGGCGGUGGUCACGGCCACGGGCACGGACAUGGGCGUAGCAGGCUGAGCAAGUCCCUCGAGCGCUCGACAUCCAGGGACAGCACCACCACUAGCAGCUCGUACGGGCACAGGGCCUACGGGGUGUCGCCCGAUCGGAGCUAUGUGGUCUACAGCUCGGGUCCGUUGAGGUCCCAAUCGGCGGAGAACACGUUCUCACAGCCCAUCUAUGAUCCCCUGCCCAGACAUCCACCCCAGCCCAUAUCACAGCACCACCACCAGCCACCCCCCAUGCAGCAAAUGCAACAACAGCAGUACAUGGGCUAUGCCCCGGAGAUGGGCGGCGGCGGCUAUGGAGGCGGAGGUUGUCCGCACGAGCCGCAGGGUUCCGGGUACCAGCUGAGCUCCUCAGCCCCGGAGUACACCACAUGCAUUGACUGCCUGUACCAGAAGAGACCCUCCUAGCAUAAGUCCCGCGUGCGGCAGAGUCGCACGCGGAAGAAGACACCCCGGGGCAUGGUGGUGGUCAGCGCCCAGCCCACGGCCACCGGAGGCAUUGGCUUCGUGCCCGAAAUGGGUAGCACAGACCCGCCCGGCGGGUGUGUGGACUGCCACGACUACUUCGAGAUUCAUGUCUAAGGAAGGGAAUGAGACUAAAGCUAUUUGAAACCAAAGAUAACAACCGAAAACUGAUUAACAACAACAACCCGAAAUGCCUCAAGAAACUAAUUUUAAACCAAACUCAGCUCAGAUAUACGUAAAGUCAUACACAAAGCCAACACGUAAACCGAAACGAAAAUGAAAACUAUAACCAAAAAUAAUCAAAUCCAACACGAACUUCCAAAACAAGGGAUUGAAAUUACUACCUAGCCUACAAUAUACAUGCAUAUAACUAUAUACAAAAUCUACACUAGAAAAAAAAGCAUCAAAUUAGUAAAGCAAAAGAAGCACUUUAACAGAAAAUAAUAAUCCAUAUAACUCGUUGUAUAAAUGUUAGUUGUAAGUCACCCAAAAACCUGAGGAUAGUUAGCUCUUUCGGGGAAAGAAUAGUUUUUACUGAAAAGUAAUCACAGAGAGAGAGAGAGAGAGAGGAAGAGGAAAGGAGAAACCCACUUCCAGGUUACGUAAUGUAUGUGGGUGUAUGAGUGUGGAUGGUGGGUGUAUGCGUGCCACCAUUUCCAGUUAAUUAUUUAAGUUGCAACGCGAACAUUUCGCCGUGAUUUACACACAUGCACACUCAAACAUUAGCAAACAAAAUGGCGGAAGUUCCGCUCGCCUGGGGUGGCAAGUAGAAAUAUUACGUAUACGCCGCGUUGCACACACAAUACUCAAGUGCCGUAAUUACGAGGGCAAACAACAGGAGGCAGAAAAGAGCAGCUAGCGCAACUGAAACUAAAGUUGAAAUUCAUACUCGCACUCAAGUAAACUACUAAGAGACAUGCAGACACAAACAACAAAUGGCAAACUCAACUUGAAACAUAGAUGGGGGGAAAAAUAAGACAGCCAGGAGCAGAAGCACCAUCCGGAAAAACAAGAAAAAAAACCAAAUAGGAAUAGACCUAGAAAAAGAAAAGCACAACUCACAUGCAGCUAGAAGAGUUGAGGGGAAGUCUCUAACCAAACGCGAAACUAUGUCACUUAUGCCAGUGCUGCCAAUUUUCGACACAAAACUAUGUCACUGGCAGUCCCAUUUCCGCAUCUCUGCUCCUGAUGAAAUCAACAAUUUUUAAUUACCCACUCGGAACAAAAUCCGGGUAAAUGGAUCUGCAACUGAGCUGAACACUUCAUGGGUUAACAUAACAUUUACCUAAAUAAAAGAGUAUACCUAGAGCGGGGAUUAUUUACACACAUAAAGUAAAUCUAGAGAAGGAAUAUUUAAAAACAAAAACGGAAAAU